AUGAGUGGAAAACUAGGAGGAGAGGGCAAAGUUGUACAAAUCGACGAAUUUUUGUUUAGAGGUCGUCGAAAGUACAACUGUGGCAGAUUGCUUCUUGAUCACUUUAUGGAGAGUCUUGAUGAUUCUCGCCGUAAAAAUAAUUAUUGUGAACAUAUCAAUGGACCAUGGGUUUUUGGCAUGGCUGAAGAAGGAUUUAGGAAGGUCAAAAUGUUUGUCGUGGAAAAGAGAGAUCGUGAUUCUCCGCCUCCUUUCCUACUUGAACAUGUGGAUAAGAGUAGCAUUAUCUACAGUGAUGGCUGGAAAGCUUAUUCCGGACUAGGUACUGUGUUUAACGACCAUAAGGUCGUUAAUCAUUCUGAAAAUUUUAUUGACCAUAAUACUCGUUUCAUACUCAAUUAA